GUUCAGUCAGCUGAUGCUAACGCUAACCAGCCGGACUGACGGUUCUCCAGCGGCAGCGACGGAUCUGACGGUCAGACAGGAUGCCUUUCUCCGAGCUAUAUUUCAACGUCGAUAACGGCUACCUGGAGGGGCUGGUCAGAGGGUUCAAAGCCGGAAUACUGUCCCAGGCGGAUUAUUUAAACCUCGUUCAGUGUGAGACCCUGGAAGAUCUGAAACUGCACCUGCAGAGCACAGACUAUGGCAGCUUCCUGGCAAACGAGGCGUCUCCUCUCACUGUGUCCGUCAUCGACGACAAGCUGAAGGAGAAGAUGGUGGUUGAGUUUCGCCACAUGAGGAACCAGUCAUACGAGCCGCUGGCCAGUUUCAUGGACUUCAUCACGUACAGCUAUAUGAUUGAUAAUGUCAUCCUGCUGAUCACGGGCACCCUCCACCAGCGGGCCAUCUCUGAGCUGGUGCCAAAGUGUCACCCGCUGGGCAGCUUCGAGCAGAUGGAGGCGGUCAACAUCGCUCAGACCCCUGCUGAGCUUUACAACGCCAUCCUAGUGGACACUCCCCUGGCUGCAUUCUUCCAGGACUGCAUAUCUGAACAGGACUUAGAUGAGAUGAACAUUGAAAUAAUUCGUAACACACUUUACAAGGCUUACCUGGAGGCUUUCUAUAAGUUCUGCUCUAACCUUGGAGGAACCACGGCUGACACCAUGUGUCCCAUCCUGGAGUUCGAGGCAGACAGGCGAGCCUUCAUCAUCACCAUCAACUCGUUCGGCACAGAGCUGUCCAAGGAGGACCGCGCCAAGCUCUUCCCCCACUGUGGCAAGCUCUACCCAGAAGGCCUUGCUCAGCUGGCCCGGGCAGAUGACUACGAGCAGGUCAAGGCUGUCGCUGAUUUCUAUCCUGAAUACAAGCUGCUGUUCGAGGGUGCCGGCAGCAACCCAGGAGACAAAACACUGGAGGACCGUUUCUUCGAGCACGAGGUGAAGCUCAACAAGCUGGCCUUCCUCAACCAGUUCCACUUCAGUGUCUUCUACGCCUACGUCAAACUGAAGGAGCAGGAGUGCAGGAACAUCGUCUGGAUCGCCGAGUGCAUCGCCCAGCGGCACCGCGCUAAGAUUGACAACUACAUUCCUAUCUUUUGAGCCUCCUUUUCCUCUCUCCUCUUCCUCUUCUCGCCAUCAUCAUUUCAUUCAGUCUUAUGUCUUGAGCGGUGUCUCCUGUCCCACCUCGGUGUUAAAGAUUCUGAUGGUUUGAUGCUAAAUUUUCUCCACUCUUCACUCUCAGCUGUGAACUGGUUCUCAGCACCCGAGUUUCCUGUUGUUAUGUGAGUUCCAGCCAGGCUCGUUACUGAUUAAAGUUAAACACAUAAUCAACUUAAAUACAGUUUUUAGGUGGAGCAGAAUCACAUGAGCCUGGUCAGCAUCUCAUUUGACUUUCAAACACUCACCUCUGAUUGUCUAAACCUUCUGACGCUCAGUGUGUUCUUAGCGGCACACUCUGUCCACUGACACAUUGGUGGCUAAAAUACACCAGGAGAAGAAUUUGCAAUUUACUAAGUCCAGGAAUGAACACGACAGCCACCAGGACAGCAAACACUAACCAUCUGUUAGAGAUCGUGCUGAUCUCCAAGCACAUGAAACAUGUAAAGGUGCUGUGUACUCUGGAUUUUCCACCUACCUAAAUCAGCUAAAAAACAAAAGUGAAUUUGUAAUCUGAAUUUAACACGGCCGCAGAAAUUCAGCCAGUCAUUAAAACAUUCCUCAGCUCAGCGUCAGUCUCCACCAGGUUCUAUAUAACCUGUAUUUAUUUCUGUUUUAGUGCUAGGUUUUGUCAGCAUGUCUGGUCAUUACUGUGGUUUCCCCUCCAAAACUAGUGAGUGAAGUGUGAGCUCCGCCUGAUUUACUGUCUUAACUAGAUUGUUGUUAAAUAUUAAGAAUACAACAGCUGAACAGGAGCUCCAAUUCUCACCGUCCCUGCUCCUGUGUGAGUCUCUGUAAAUGAACGUACCGGAAUGAAGCGAAAUCUUGUGAGUACAUGACAGACUUAAUGUUUAAACUAUACAAAGAUAUAUAGAUAUUUAAAAUGACAAUAUAAUUUUGUUUUUUUGAUGCUGUAAAAAUGGAUUUAUUUCUGUUUUGAUCUGUUUAUUACUUGUGCAAUGUGUACUGUAAAUGUGACAAAAAAAUAAAUGUACUAAACUGCACUAAAGCAGAUCUGGAAAAA